AUGGCUGCAGCAUAUAAGAAGGACCAUCUGUCCUCUCGGCCAGUGUCCAUGCAGCAAAAACUGCAGCAGAUGCAGAUGCAACAACAACAGUACCAGGUCAAGCCGAUCACCAUCAGGUCCAACUCGAUGAACCUCCCCGGGUUCUCGCAGCCCAGACCACAAACCCGUUUUGCCCGUUUCCUCCAGUACGGUCAGCAGGCGCUACUCAAGCUGAAGCGCUAUCACAGGAUACAGACUCGUCGAGGAUUUGAGCGUAAUUGGUACCAGGUUACGGCCGCAUUGCUGCUCUUUAUCGUCUUCCUAUCCAUCUCCCGGCUCUUUACAUCGGUCACGUCCUUUCGGUUCUCUCGGAGCGCUCGCUUGGGCCCCAAAAUGUCCGAGACCAUCCAUGCUCUCGAAUCACUCCAGUACAUGACGAGCUCAGGGGUUAUUGUUAACCUGAACAAGAACAAACUGGAUUCUGGAGUGAGGCGGGCAAGACUAUAUCAGGGCACAAGGCUUCGGAGACAGAUCAUGGACUUGCAGGAUGAUCCCAUCGUCAGGGUUGUGAACGCCGACUGUCUGGACGAGGCAUUGAGACUAAAGCGACGUGGUUUCAAACCUGUUGUGUUAGAUAUGGCCAACAGACAGUAUCCAGGUGGAGAUUACCUCUCUGACGGAACUACACAGGAGGCGGGGCUUUUUCGCAGGACGAAUUUGCACCAAUGUCUGGCCACGGAACCAAGGCGCUCCGAGUUCUAUCCGUUACCGAGCCAAGGCGCUGUGUACUGUCCGAACAUGGUUGUGCUAAGGAAAUCGAUCAAGGAAAAUGAAGAGUUCAUGGAGCGGCCCGAAUGGAUGAGUUUUCUGGCCAUGGCACCGCUUCGAAACCCUCCGCUGGUCCCGAAUGAAGCGAACGAGAUGAUCCUGGGUGAAAGAGCGAUCAUCAUCACCAAGAAGAAGAUUCAAAAUAUGUUCCGCAUCGCCCUUGACAACGGACACGAUGCAAUUGUGUUAUCUGCAUUUGGAUGUGGUCGCUUGCACAACCCACCAGAGUCAACGGCCCAGAUAUUCAAAGAAGUGAUCCGGACGAAUUACAUGGGUGGCGCCAAGAAAGGGCGAACCUUCAACGAAAUUGUCUUUGCCAUCACUGACUACAAGAGCCAGGACGACAACGUGGACGACAGCUAUAACUACGACACCUUUAAACGCGUCAUGGAAAGCCCAGACGAGAUCCUAGACGAGCGCGAGGGCGAACUGUAG